UUGGAGCCGCCGCCGGCGUCGAUUGGUUGGUUCGAAGCGGAGGAAGUCAUUGGGCGCUCGAGACGGUUGGCGCGCGGCCCGAAGUGUUUCGAGAGAAGCCUUCUGCCGGAACAAAGCGGAGGAUAAAUGGUGGCAUAACCGGGUUCUUUCCGCUGAGUAAACUGGGGUUUCUGCAUAUAAAAAGUAGCAGAAGAUCCCUUGCCUUCGUUAUGGAUGAAAUAGUAGCUGAAUACAUCAGGAGAACUGUAUUACGAAUCCCACGAUCAGAAAUAGGAGAAAUGUUGACUACGUGGGGGUUUCUCACUGAAAGUCAGCUUAAGUCUAUAAAUUUACAUCAGAUGAAGGAGAAUUUGUCCCAAGAAGUAGUUCAACUUUGUAAGGAAAACGGUGCAACCAUCAAGCAUGCUGCGAAUCUAGACAUCAUUUAUAAUUACGCACAUAGAGACAAAAAAAAUUGGACUGUUUACAAGAUGACUAGAGAAGAAGGUGACGAAAAUGUCAUUUUUGACUGGGUAGAUUUCAAAAACAAAUUUAAAACCAGCCUUCGGUUACUUCUGAGAAAUGUCACUAUCACCUUUAAGAAAUAUGAAGACAACUCAAUGUGGAUUCGAGUUGCAUGGGGGUUACAAUUUAAUAAACCAAACCAGUACAAGCCAACCUACGUCGUUUACCAUUCACAGACUCCUUAUGUCUUUAUUUGCCACUCCAUAUUUAGAAGUUGCAGAACUCUGCUUUUUCAGGCCCUGUUGGCUGCUACCAGUUACAGUGACAUCCAGGAAAUGGACCUCAAAAGCCGUUGUUUAGACUCCCUUAAAGAUAUUGUCUUGAAGCGGUGUAACCAGAAGGUUGAAACUUUUAACCCACGACCUCUCCAGGAAAGGAACAGCAUUUUGGAAAACGUGGAUCCAAGGAUUAUUCAAGAAGAUAAAAAGAAAAAGGAAACCAUUUGGAAAAUUAAUGAGGAGGACUUUGGAAAUGGUCCCCUGCCAAAACUACAGCAUGCGCAAUACAAGGUAGGAGAUUGGAUGACUCAGGAUCGUGAAUGAUCUAAUUAAAGGUGACAGCUGAAGUCUAACUUUUUGUUCAAUCCAAAAAUGUGACUGUGGAAACAGAAAAUGAACCUAUUUUCUUCCUGCAAAAUGUUUUUUUGUUGGUCAGUGGACUGAAUGUUGUGAUAUUUUUGAGGUACUGCAAAGUUCAUAUCUUGUUCUGUGUGUUUAGCUUGAAUGAAGUGUGAGACCAAAGGAGCCUCCUCCCUUUUGUUCCAGAUAUUGGAUUUAUGCUCAGAAAUUCUAAUUUUGACUGGUCUGGAAGUUUUCCCAAUAUAUUUUUUUACAUGGGCAAAAAAUGAUAUAGACACAAUUGGCUUUAUUACAAUUUGUGAAGUCUGAUAGAUGCCAUUUGAAACCAGAUUUAGGAUCCUCUAUAGUUUUGAUAUUUAAAGACGAAUGGCAUUGUGAACAUCUUCCACAUUUAUAAUGUCCAACCAAUAUAGAUUUAAUGCAAGUUUUUACUUUUACAUCAGCCCUAAUUAAUUGUUUAAUAUUGGCUGAACGCCUAAAUCCUAUUUUGGGUGAAUGGGAACAUCCCAGUAAAUGCCAGUAUUUAUGUAUUACCUGUUAAAUGGCUGUUGCCUUGUUAGUAAAAUCUAAUGCCCAUACUAGUUGUUUCUGUUGUGUUUUGACUUUCUUCUGUAAUGUCUUUUCAUACGUGUCACUUUUUGCCAUGCUGUCAUUAACACUGUUUUGGGAUACCCCCUAUCGGCAUAUUUAUGUGUAAUUUCUUCCUCUUCUGCCAUAAAGGACUCCUGAGAAGAGGAAUUUCUUUUAGCGUGUACAAGUUGGCUGAAAGGUAAACAACGUGGAUAAAAGGAGCGGAAAUGCAAAGCAUUAUUCCUGUCUGUAGGUUUAUGGAAUUAACGGAACUGGAUUUUCCUCUGUUCAUUAAUCAUAAUUGUGUCUAAGUAAUUCACGCUGCAGCAAUCAGCUUUACCUGAAAACUGUAUUGAAGCAUGUAAUGAAUUAAUCCAUUGAAGGAAUUUGUCAAAUUCAAAUUCCGGUCUAAAAAUAAAUAACAGAUCGUCUAUAUAGCUUUUGUACAUGAUCAUACCAUCAUAAAAUGAGUUCUUAGUGGAAUUGUAGAUGAAAUUAUUUUUGAAAUUGCACAUAAAUAAGUUGGUCGCGCUCAGAGCGAGGCUUGAGCCCAUACUUAACCCUUUAAUUCUGGAAUAAAAUUUGUCAUUAAAGCGGAAGGAACUCUUCUCCAAUACUAUUUCUAGUAAAUUUACCAAAAAAUGUGUUGGUAGGUGCUCAGAUGGGUGUGAACGAAGGAGAUUGUAUAUGAUUAAUCUCACCUCAUGAGGAAUGUUGGUGUACAGCGAAGUUACAUCCAGCGUCACCAAAACGCUUCCCACUGGGCCCUCCUGCCCUUCUAAUUUAUUGAUCAGAUCUAUGCUAUCCCAGGUUGUAAAAAGUGAUCUACAAAUUUUGCCAAUGGUUCUCGUAUUGAACCUGAAACAAUUGGUCGUCCAGGGGGUGGAAACACUUCCUUGUGUAUUCUGGGUAAAGUAUAAAAAACAGGUAUUCUCGGAUGUAAAUUGAUAAGAUAUUUGGCUAUUUUAUCUAUAAUCCAGCCUGCCAUAAGGGCUUUUUGAACUGUUAUUUUAAUGACUGCUGCUAUGUGUGCUGUCGGAUCUUGAGUUAAUUUUGAAUAAAAAUUGGUAUCAUUUACUUGUUUCACUUCUGACAUAUAGUCAUGGAUCUUGGAUCACUAUGGCAACCCCUUUGUCUGCCUCCAAAAAACACAAGGAAGGGUUUCCAUUGUACAAUAAUAUGGUGGUCAUAAAAAUUGUUUCAUUACAUUUCUAGAUAAACUUCAAUAUGGCAAUAUUAUAAAAUUGAAAAAACUUGUUCUGAUGAAGAUAUUGUUCGAAAACGCUUAUACGUGAAGGCGUUCCUUGUGGAUUCUUGUCACUAUGGAGAUUCCCCACUUUCAGCCUGUGGAUGUCGUCACAGGGACUCCGUUUCUUAUAACUAUUCAUACAACUUCAUUGGAGGACUUAAGUGAAGUCUGUUAUUUAAAUAUAUGAGUUUGGAUGAUUGCUUGCUAGUUCUGGUCAAGAUUGAUCUAUAUGAAGAUUACCUAUGGGACUAUUAAUGAACUUUGAAGACUGACUUAUAAGUGGUUCAUUAUGUUUCUGUAACAAGACAGAUAUGUAUACGAUUUGAAUGACUGUAUACUUUAGAAAUUUGAAUAAGAGUCAUUUUUGUUAUUGUUGGCCA